AUGUCGAAUCUACUUCCAUUGCCAGGGUUUUGUUUCGAUCCAAGUGACUACGAAUUACUUAACUUUCUUUUAAGAAAGAUAAAUGAUAAACCACUUCCAGUAUGCCCUCGAAUGCCUGAUGCUAACAUAUACGGUGAUCAUCCAUCUCAAGUUUUCGAUUCUUUUGGACAAUCAGAUUUCGAAGAAGAAGAUACUGUCAGGUAUUUCUUUACUGAGUUACAGCCUGUCUCAAAGAAGAAAGGGGUCAUCACCAAGAACGUUAUUCGAAGGGUGGGUGGUUAUGGUUAUUGGAAAAACGCGGUCCCUAAACCAAUUAUGGUAAAGAAUAACCAAGGUGAAUAUGUUAAGGUCGGAUCACGAACAUCUCUUAAGUUUAUAAAAGAUGAGGCUAUUGUUGAUGAUCAUGUUGAGUGGAGCAUGAUUGAGAUUUCAACACAUGAUAGUAAUUGGGUUCUUUGUAAAAUCACCAAGAAGAUCCUUAAACAAGUCUCCAACAAAAGGCAGCUUCAAUGUCAAGAAACAAGCAGUAGUAUCAUUAGUACUAAUUCUGCUACUACUACUGUUGCUGAUGAUGGUGUCCAAGGAAACGCGUUUCUGUCCAAGUUGAUCAACCUCGAUUUUGAUGAGCCUUUUGGAUUUGUAUUCAAUAAUUAA